AAACAUUUUGCUGUUUUUACAAGACCGGUAAACUAAACCAAAGAAGACGACGACGACGACGACGACGACGACUUUCUUUCAGUGUUACUGUUUUUGUCAGUUGUGUUGGCGAUAAUGGCGGUGACUUUGCACACAGAUCUCGGAGAUGUAAAAAUUGAGCUUUUCUGCGAAAAGACACCAAAGACAUGUGAGAAUUUCAUCGCCUUGUGUGCCAGUGGGUUCUACAAUGGCUGCAUUUUUCACCGGAAUAUUAAAGGCUUCAUGGUACAAACAGGAGACCCCACAGGUACAGGGAAAGGAGGGACAAGUAUCUGGGGCCGAAAAUUUGAGGAUGAAUUCAAUGAACAUCUUAAGCAUAAUGUUCGAGGUGUGGUUUCCAUGGCAAACAAUGGCCCCAACACCAAUGCUUCCCAAUUUUUCUUCACUUACGGCAAGCAGCCCCAUCUUGACAUGAAAUACACUGUUUUUGGAAAAAUUAUAGAUGGAUUGGAGACACUUGACGAACUGGAGAAACUUCCUAUUAACGAGAAGACGUUUCGGCCUUUGAAUGAUGUUCACAUAAAGGACGUGACCCUCCAUGCCAACCCAUUUGCUGGCUAGACUAGAAGAAAUAUUUCUGCGAGGAAGGCCCAGCAUUGGGAGUGAAGAAAUGGCACAAUAUAAUGCAAAAAUUAAUCAUUUUUGUAAAAAUGCAUAUUUUAAUAAAAGAUUAAAAUUAUA